AUGAGAUUCAAAUCAAAUUCACAGUCUGUUACACUGAUCAAUCGAAACCAACUAGAUAAAUUGCUAAAAGAAGCGCUUUACGAUAAAUCAGUCGGUUGCAUCGAUUCAAUUUUGAAUGGAAUCGCUCAGGCCUCCCAUCACAUGCCAUUUUAUGAAAUAAUUUCAAAGCGCACAUGGAGCGCCAUCAAUUCCAAACCAUCCAAGUGGUUAUAUAUACAAAAAGGACUAACGCUGCUUGAAUAUUUGGUACUAAAUGGAGCUGAAUGGUGCAUCUCUGAUGUUUUACAACACUUAGAAGAUAUAAAUAAGGUAGUAAAAUUAAACAGGGAGUACUCGGCUAAGACGAGUUUUUUGACUGGAAAACCUCUGGCUCCCCCUCACACAGCAUUUGUUAUUACUGAAAAGUGUAAAAAUUUAAUCAAUUUGGUUAGGAUGGGGGACGACUUGGCAAAGAAGAGGGAACAAGUGGCGAAGAAUAAAGAUAGGUAUAUUGGCGUGGGCCAGAAAAAUGGAAUACUUGAAAUUUCAACUUUACACAAACCAAUUAUAGCUGUUGAUUACUCCAAAUCGUUUUUUUCGCGACAAAAGAACUCCAUUAAUUUGGGAAUGUCAGAUUACGAGCAUGCUAUUGCCUCGCAACCUCAGUUUACAUUACCUUACUCAACAACUCAAAAUAAUGUAGCUACACAACCUACGAUUCAUGCCAAAGAAGAAUCACCUAGCGUUUCUAACGCUUCUGACUUAUCCGAAUCAUACGAUAGUGAUGACUCUUCAUCAUCAUCAUUAUCAUCAUCAUCAUCAUCAUCAUUAUCAUCAUCAUCAUCGAGUUCAUCGUCUGACAAGAAUUACAAUCUCAAACACAACACAAGGCAUUAUGAUGCAAAUUUUAACAGCGACUAUAACAAUACAACCCGGACACCAACAAGUUACACUACGCCCACAUCUUACAUGCUUUCAGAUAAUAGCACCUUCUUCUCCCAACCCACAGCAAGUUAUGUUCCCUACGUUGACAUAUAUAAACUAUCGGACCACGGCACAAAUGUUAAGACCCCAAAGGAACACCAGGAAAUGUACAAUAGCAAAGUUAAUUCCCAUUAUACACCACGAUCACAAUCCUCACGCAAUCACCAGUCUACUUAUGACCAGACUCACUCAACCGUGAACCUUGGGGACAAGCCCUACAAAUUAUCCAAUCCUUUUGCCUAUUAG